AAAAAUAGAAGUUUGACCGGAAGAUAAUCGCCCGUCUCCUCCCGGAAAAAUGUCAGGCUACCCCCACGCGCCGCCGAACUACGGCUACGGCCAGCCCUACACCACCACCACCUCCUCCUCCUCCUCCUACGGCGUCCCCCCACCGCCGUCCACCUCCCCGUACGCGCAGGCGGCCUCCCCCUACGCCGCCCCCUCCGCUCCCUACGCGCCGCACCCCCAGGGCGGGAAGCCGCCCAAGGACAAGCCGCAGGGCUACGACAAGCCGCAGGGCUACGGCGGGGCGGCUCCGUCGGCCCCCGGAGGAUAUCCGCCGUCGGCUCCCGGAGGAUACCCGCCGCAGUCGGCUCCCGGAGGAUACCCGGCUUCCGGCGGGUACUCGGCCCCCGGCGGGUACGCGGCCCCGGGGGGGUACCCUCCUCCGCCGGCGGCGGCGGCUUAUGGAAGCCCGUUCGCGUCGCUGGUGCCGUCUCAGUUCCCGCCGGGGACGGAUCCGAGCGUCGUGGCGUGCUUCCAGAUGGCGGACCAGGACGGGAGCGGGCUGAUCGACGACAAGGAGCUGCAGAGCGCGCUGUCCUCCUACAACCAGAGCUUCAGCAUGAGGACGGUGCACCUCCUCAUGUACAACUUCACGAACACCAACGCGAGGAGGAUCGGACCUAAGGAAUUCGUUCAAGUGUUUUACAGUCUUCAGAGCUGGAGGGGGAUAUUCGAAAGGUUUGACCGGGACAGGAGUGGCAAAAUUGAUGCCAAUGAGUUGAGGGAUGCACUGCUAAGUCUAGGAUUUUCUGUGUCGCCGUUGGUUUUGGAUUUGCUCGUAUCUAAGUUUGACAAAACUGGAGGAAAGAACAAAGCCAUCGAAUAUGAUAACUUCAUCGAAUGCUGCCUUACUGUCAAGGGAUUGACUGAAAAAUUUAAGGAGAAGGAUACCGCGUAUUCUGGCUCAGCAACCUUCACUUAUGAGGCCUUUAUGUUGGCAGUUCUUCCUUUUCUCGUCGCCUAGUGUGGGAGUUGAUUUCAGAUUUCAAGCUUGGUUAGAUCGCACUUUUCUUUUAUUUUUCUUUUCCUGACAGUACAGCUUGUUGUUUUCAUCCCCACUCGGUCUCUAUAUCUACUUGUCAGAACGAUUUAGCAUGUAAUAUGUUUGAGUUGUGUAUCAAAAUGAAAUAGCAUGUUUUGAAUUGCAAAUA